UUUCACGAAAACAUUCGCAACAUGAUGGAGGCAACGACCAACGGAGGUGAAAAUACUGCUUCUUUGGAGGACGAAAGUCCGUUUGAAGAUGGUGAAAAAAUUAUGGAAGGCGUAGAAAUAGCCACGGAUGAAGAUGCUGCCGCAGAAGAAGCGAGGAAAGAAGAAAUUCGCCAACAAAUGGCAAAGGUUUGUGCGUGCCUUAUGAACCACUUGGUUUCAAUCUUGUGUACUUGUGAUCUUUUAUAUUAACUUACUUUACUGGUCAGAAACACUUACAAAAUUCGAGGCGAUAGGCCAAUUAACAAAAUAAAACAAAACAACGGGACUUGAGAAGAUUUGUUUAAGCCGUACAGUUAAGAUUCAGUUAAUUUCGCCGUCUCCAACAGAUUUCACAGUUUUAAGGUGUUUUAAACAAAUGUUGAAAAAAAUUGAAGAUUAUUACUUUUCUUGCCGCCUGGCCACAGAAUUUGUUUUGCGGUGAAAGGCACAGGGCCCGACUGAGCUUGUGUUCAAUUUUAAAGGCGAAUUGUGGUUUUUGAGGGCAGCUAAUUACAUUCAUGCGUGCAUUUUUUUAAGUGAAAACGUGUGAUUAAUUUUAUUGCCAUUGAUUUGCCCCGAAAAUGAAAUUUCAUUACGACUUAAUACGAUUAAUAUUUUCUGUAGCACAAAUUUACAACAUGUGAAUAUGAUAAAACGCGCUUUACAUCAAGUACUACACUUACCUAAUUGCUUACUUUAGUAGCCUGGACUAAUUUAUCUUCACAACAAUUGUGAUAUUGCUUUCUUUGUGUUUAUCCUACCGAUAUCCCGUGGGAGGAGACCAGAGCACCCGGAGAAACCCACGACUUUCGGCAGAGCGUUGACAGCUGACUCUUUUCACAUGAGUUUGUUGAGAUCAUCAGGUCCACAAACUUAGAGGUGACUAUGUGACCAAAGGCGAAGCCUCUCAAGGUCACUCGAGGUGGGACAAGGUUUUGCUGUUAAUGCCGUAUUUAGGGCCGAUUUCUAUGAAGUCUGUUCUAUAAUAUGUUCUGUGCCUUAUAUAAUCAUUUGAGCAAACGAAACAAAUUUACAUACACGUGGCUCAGAUUUUCACCAAUCUCGAAAGAAAUGUUAUGAAAGCGCAAUGUGAUUACUAGAAAGUAGAUAAUUUGCAAUGGACACCUGGGGCAUCCCAAAAGACAUCGCACCUCCUACAUGGAUGAAAUUGGAAGGCAACCCCUUACCCAAGUAGUUUUCCCCGCCUCCCCUCUGGAAGACAGAAAUUUCCUCCGUUAGAAGAGUGCAAAUCUUUUCUGGAAUGAUCCAUUUCACCCAUAUGUAGCUUUCUGCUUAUGUCAAAGCUCACAUUGUGUACUUAAAUGCAAAUAUACAAUGUUUUGCUGUUAUGCUUAUAAUCGUGGUUGCAUUGCAAGUGAAAACCGGAUAUAUUUAUUUGUCAAAGAAGAAUUAGACAUAUUGGGUUAACCAAACAAGUGUGCUCAUAUUUGUCUUGUUAACUUAUUAAAAUAUACCCAAAUCGAUUGUUUGAUCAUGAACAAAACAUGUGUUUCAGUGCAUCAUGGUUUCAUAGGUGGAUGGGAAGGGGGAAAUUUGCCCGACUUUUUUCCAUGCUAAACUUCCAAAAUUCUUGUCAACAUGGGGGGGGGGGAGGUUUCAAAAAAUAUUUGGAGGGCUGAUAUUUUUUUGCCAUAUUACAGAUUUCUUUCAUUUUUGACUAUUAUCUUACAUACUUCUUGCUUUUCAAUUUAUUUCCCCCCAUCUUUUUGCCCAACUUACAUUUAAAAUUUGCCCAAAGUAACAAAUGAACUUUACUUAAAACAUUUAUGAAAUGCUGUCAUUACAUAUUCAGUCAAUGAUUUUUAUUGUCAAAAAAGAAAAGGUCAAUUAAUUUUUUUAAUUUAGCUCAAAUUCAAAAAAAUUGUUAAAAAAUUAUAAUUGACAUAUAAUUAUAUUUUGUCUGAAAUGGUUUGUUUUCGUAAAUUGGUUUCAUUAAAGUUUAAUAUUGCAGGUUUUUACCUAAGAAUAAUCUUGAUAAUAUCAGUGUGUUGAAAUUCUGUUUUAAGUGGGUCAAGGUCGUAGAAUUAUAAAUCGCAAUGUCUGCGAUGUUCUGUACGGCAUAAUUUUUGGAAUGGAUAUGCAUGCUGCCUGUCAGGUUCUAAAAUGUUGCCUUCAGUUUUUGCAUUCAGAAUUUCACUAUUAUUUUCUACAUGUCACAGCAGCCAGUGUCACCAUUGUAGUUUGGACAAUUAAAGUUCAUGUCAUACAUUAUUUCACCAUUAUAUUCUCUGAUGUCACCAUUUUUAAUGCAAUGUUGCCUGUCGCACGAUAUUUGAAGCCAUCCUAGUCAUACGCCGCCCCCUUCUUCAGCUGCUCGCUUACAAGAAGGACACUUACGCCCAUAUUCUAAAAGCUCACUCACACUCAAUGAGUGGAGGUUCAAUCUAAGUUUCUCUUGUGUGUCAAUAGCUGAAGGUUAGUAUCAUACCUUACUAUGCAACUACUCACCCUCCAGCUAUUCAAAAACAGAAUUGACACUCAAGAGAAGCUCAAAUUGAAGCACUUAUUGAGUGUGAGUGAGCUUUUAGAAUACGGGUGUUAGUCUGACCUCUUUGCAAAAUAGGCACAAGAUGAAUGCAAAGGUUUAAAAGUACAGAAUAUCUUAAUUUGGGAUUCAUUGACAUUUGACACAUUGUAUAUUUGAAAACAUGUAUCAUUGAAUAUUGGAUGUUGUUUUAAUACUCAAGUUUUGUCAACAAAAGCUACAUGAAACCGUUCAGUUUUGACUAUAGUUUCACUUUUACAAAUUACGUUUGAAUAUAUAAAUCGUAUAAUAUUCUAUCCUCUCCAAGCCAGAUUAUUUUAGUUACCGAUAAUUUAUCUCACCGAUAAUUUCGAAAGUUCGCGAUGUAUGACGUUGAUAUUCCGCCGUAAUUUGGACAAAUGCAAGUUUGUUCAGGACACGAAAUUUCAAAACAAUUGGGCAAAUAGUUUUUGAGGAAUAUGUAUUCAAACAAACCCUAGUUUAGCUAUUUCGCCUAAUUUAUAAAAUAUCCUCUUCCAAUACCAGAACCCUGGCCGUGCGCCCACUAUUUAUUUAUUGUGCCCACUAUUUAUUUAUUUUACACCUCCUAAUCAUGCCAGACCGUUUUACUCCUCAUUGUUUGACCAGGUCUUAGAAAUUGUUGUGCAAUGCCCAUUGAGGUUAUACGUCAAUGUUUAUUCAUUUGUCGCUGAUAAGUGAUAUUAAUCUUGUUAAUGAAAUGUGGUUAUUUCACGUAAAUAUGAAAUUGUAUUAAAACAAAAUUGCACCAUGUUUAUGUUGUAAAAGAUACAUCGACUUUGCCUUUGGGUAGCACAAGGCAUUCGUAGCACAAUUUUUCACAAAUACAAAAUUUCUCCCUGAUCUCUUGUAUCUGCCCUCAUUGAAUAUUGGACCCCGAUUGAGACACUCAGAAUUUUAAUGCAUAUACGCCCAACGCGAUCCAAACUACAGACACGACAAAUUUGACAUGCAUUAAAAUUCUGACUGUCUUGAUCGGGCGAUCCCAAUUUCUCGUUGCCGUUGGUUAGAAUUCUGGUUUCGUUAAAGCAGAGACGUCCUUAGGAUCGAUUCCCAGUUGGGAUACUCAGAAAACAUUUUUCAGGAAGUGAUUUGACCCGAAUAGCGGCAAGCGUAAAUAGUGACUAAUUUUUCAACCGUUGGGCGUUGUAAAAGCAAGUGUGGGUUGACUACAAACUUUUUGUAGUUCGCUAUAACUACAGCUACUUCAAAAAUAUGUAGUCAGCUACAACUACUGCUACUUUUGAACAACAGUAGUUCGCUAUACUGACUACAGCUACUGCUUAAAAAAUAUAGCGAAUUAUUUCGCUACGCAAUAUUUUUUAAUUGUAUUGUAUUUGGAGCAUCUACUGGCUUAGGCUGUAAUGUAACCUAUAUAACAAAUUGACUUACAAGUAAAUAAGAUGGCAUGUACUUGCACGGCAUAUUUUAUUCAUGCAAAUUGAGUAUUGAUUUUAACCAUUUUUAAGCAAACCGUGUCUCAACAUCAUGCUAUUCUAUCCAGUUGCUAACAAUUUUAAAAAGUAGCGAAUAGCGAUUUUCUGUUUGAAAAGUAGUCAACUGCUACUUGGCUACUUUUAGGCAAAAUGUAGUUCGCUAUAACUACAGCUACUGUUUUGAAAAAGUAGUCAAAAACUACUGGCUACUUGAAAAUUGUAGUUCGCUACUACUUCGCUACUACCCACCCUUGUGUAAAACAGUAAAAGUACUUGAAAAGCUAUAAAACUGUGGAUAUAUAGGCGUCACAAUUCAUAAAAAGAAACUUUAAUUUAUAAAUAGCGAAGUUUAAUUUGGGUUAUACCAAUGAACAAACAAUUUUAGAACACUGUUUGAAAAAUCACUAUCCGCAGUGGAUAGCGCUAAACGGCCUUCGUUUCUAUUAACUGUGGUACAAGCAGCCCUAUAAAGUAAUUAUUAAUAAAUCACGCAAAUCCUUUGUGGCCAAAUUGGGUGACGGAAAGUGCGGUUUCUGGAGGUAAGGGCCCCCAGAAAAGCUGGAGAAACAACAUCAGGGUGAGAGUAAGGGCCCUCACCGUUAUGGACAUUGAAACUCGUGUCCGGACCGGGCUUCCCCGUGGUGAAGUGACCGAGAGAUGCGAAGAUCAGGACGAGGGUAAGGGCCCCCGCCGUUAUGGACCUUGCUCCCUUUGCCGGUGUGUGCUUCACCGUGGGUGAAGUGUGGCCGAGUGGACACCACUUUCCGCCCCGCUUUCUUUAUUUGUUCUUCAAAUAGGUCGAUUGAAAUUUACAAUUUUGCUUGAACAAGUAACUAAUAUAUAUACAAACAUUUGUUGUUGACUACAUCAAAUUACAAUAUAGUUAUUAAUUAAUUAAUUAAUCUAUCAAGUGGUCCUUGCCUAUUUUGUUGUGCAGUCGUGAUAAAUGGGUGGGGUGGGUGGGAUUUUUCUUGGUGUCUACUUAAAGGCAGUUGAAAACAGUAUGAACUGAGAUGUUUUUUGCAGCCUAUUGCUGAUAGGUAAGGAAUGCCGGCUUGGCAGAAAAAAUGCCAUUAGUGUCGUUAACUUGGCAGAACUUGUUGGCAGUGUCGUUAACUUGGCAGAACUUGUUGGCAGAAGAUCUUUUUGAUAAUUUUGGCCGGAUAUCUGUUUUCCUUGCCUAUCUAAUCCCUUUGGGAUUUGUUUUUUUCCCAUUAGGUUUUUGUAUAUCUAUUAAGUAGGGAUGUUGCGACCUAUUAAUCCCAAUUUAUUUAUUUUUUUUGAAAAUAAAUUAGUCCUUUGGCAUUUUUAUUCUUGACCGUUAUAUUAUUCUGUUUCGGGGAAAAACCGGACCAUUUAAGAAGAGAAUCUUUUGUAUGUGUAAAAGCCCAUUUUCCACUGGGCGAAUUUGUUUGCGCGAACAGUAAAAAAGUAGGAACCAAUCCAAGUUUUUCGGUUAUGGCUAUAUUCAAUUUUUUAAUUUUUGCAAUUGUGGCAGGAACACUCCAAUAACAAGCCUCUAUCUUAUUUAGUUAGAAGAAGAGAUAACGAGUCUACGCAAUACCUUGGAAAGAAAAGAGAAGCAGCACGCAGACCUCAAGAAAGAGCUUGGGAUAACGCGAUGGUCUCAGUUACGGGAAGGAAUUGGAACACAAAUCGGCUACAUACAAAACAGUGAAGUGUAAGCUUAUAAUCCUGAUCAUGAACAGGCUUAGGAUCUUAUUCUCUGAUCCGAGUUUGUGUUAUCGAUUUUCCAUCUUUAUAUAUGGAUAAAUAAACUUCCCUUUAGAGAUAAGUAAACUUCCCUUUAGAGAAUUGUCUAGAAGUAUAAACGUUUGCAUUCAGUUCAUGUGGCAAAAAGGAUAUGGAUAAAUGGAACUCAGAAAUGCAGGGGUGUAUAUUCUUCAAUGAACUUUGAUUCUUCCCCCCCCCCCUUCUUUUCAGAUUUGAUUCUUUUCCCCAUAUCUUUACUACAUCAGCCUCAAAGGCCUGUACCUAAUAGUAAUACUGUGACAUAGUAUAUUUGUCCCCUCCCCAAGAUAGAAUAAAAUACCUAAAUUAUAAAUUAGCUAGUUAUAAGUUAUUAUUUACUAAAUUUGCAAUCCUCAGUAAAUCCUUUUCACAUUUAUUUAAGUUACUUCCCAUUAACAUGAACAAUCAACAUUAAUACAGUAAUUGAUUCAGCUAAAGAAACUCAGUGGCAAAAUCAUUUUGGAAAGUGGAAACACUGAUUUUCACGAAUUACCCAAGGAAAUUUUGCUCUUCUUUUCCCUCUGCCUUUCCAUUUUUUCUACUCUUCUUUGAUUUUCUUCCCUAGACCUAAGACCUUUUGAUUCUUUUCCCCCACCCCAGGGGGGGGGGGAUUAUAGAAGAAUAUACACCCCUGCAGAAAUGAAAUCUUCGUACUCAGAUUAGUCUACCGGGUGUCCCAAAAAAAAACUGGACACUGUUUGAUAUCAUGUAACGUAAAAGCUAUCGCAAUGAAAUUAAAGAUCAUUGCAUUCAGAAAGGUUCAAAGGACUAAGUUAGAUUUUGAUAUAUAGCACUUGAAUUUACAUGCAAUAUUGAGCGAGAUACAACCAAAAUAAAAAUAUUUAUUAUUUAACAAGUAUAACUACAUCGGUAAUUAUAAGGUUGUUUUAUGCUAAUUUGGCAUUUUCGAAAACAGUAGUUCAACGUUCAAACAUCAUUAGUGCAGUCAAUAUAAUAUUGCAUGUAAAUUCAAGUGUUAUAUAUCAAAAUCUAAGUUAGUCCUUUCUGAAUACAAUUAUCACUUAUUUACUGAGACCGAGGGAAACAGUGUGUUUUGUGGACCCGAGACCGUCGGUCGAGGGUCGAGGGUCCACAAAACACACUGCUUUCCCGAGGUCUCAGUAAAUAAGUGUUUUAUUAUAUAUCAAUAGUCAAAGAAACAACAAAUUAAAGAACAAAUGAACGUAAAUACAUGAAAUAGUUUAUUGUUAAAACGUUAUAUUAAACACUGACUACACUGCAGUUACUUAAAGCGAAAGUUUUAAUUACGUACUAGGCAUGUCCAAAGGUCGCAUCUUCACGUGAUGGCGCACGUGAUUCUUUUUGUUAUUCGCCUGUCGAUAACGUAUUAUCUCCCUCUCGCGCUGUUGCGAGGGAGACAGCCUAAUUUCGUCACUCUCACGUGAUAUGCUCUCAACCAAUAAAACACUAGAAAAAUGCGACUUUGACUAUUGAUAUAUAAUAAUGAUCUUUAUUUCAUUGCGAUAGCUUUUAUAGCUUUUACGUUACAUGAAAUCAAACAUGCAGUGUUCAGUUUUUUGGGGGGCACGCGGUAGAUCAACUCGCUAGUUUUGAAACUGGAAUAUUGAAUCUUUAUGUGUAAUAUAUUUCUGGUAUCUCUUAGGAUGAAAAAAACGUCGGAAACAAUCAAAGGAUGGAAUGAUAAAAUUGUUCAUUCUGAUGCGUAAGUGACUAUAUAUUUGUUGUAACAAGUUUGGAACAAGCCGUUAAGAACUUGUCACAAGCUUGAUGGCAUUAUCAGACUUGUUACAAGGUUAUUCUAACAAGUCUGAUACAGUCAUGAUAUAACAAGAAUGUUACAAGGUUGAUGACACAAGGUUGUAUAACAAUAUUGUUAUAUCACGACUGUAUCUGACUUGUUGGAACAACCUUGCAACAAGUACGAUAAUAUAUCAGCAAGGUUGUUACAAGUUGUUAACAGCUUGUUUCAAACUUCCUAGCUAUGAAAUAUUUUCAAUGCCCGCCUAAUAUGAAAUAUUUCCAGUCAUCCAAAGAGGAAUGGAAUCGAAGUUGAAUCUGCGUGGUAAAUUAUUUUUUCUAGGUACAACAAAACCUGUAAAACUCUGUCUGGUGCAAGCGAGGCGACCUCUAAUGCUUUAAAAAGUGCUGGAGCUGUGACGGCUAAAAAGAUUGGAGAAUUACGGUAAGCUGUAUGGAUGGCUCUUGCUCGACUUCUUGGGAAAACAGUUCGAGUAGUUUAGGCCCCGUUUACAUUAGGGACCGGUCAUAAAGUAACUGCUAGGGUGGGCUGGAGUGAUUUGGGAUGGGCCAUGGAAAAUCUUUGAGCAGUUUCGAUGGGCCGCGAAAUUUUUUGUAUGUCCACAGUUGGGCCACCAAACAGAAACCCAUACAUGUCUACUUCAAAAAAUAAAGAUAUUAAUAAUAAAAGUAAACAAAAAACUAUCCAAAUUAUCAAAUGCAAAUGAUGCUAUUGAAGCCAGUACUUUGUUAAAACAACGACAAGAAGUGGUCGAAUCACAGCAAAUACAACCGAGAGCUGGAGAGCAGCUCAGUAUCGUAAUUGGUGAUGAAUGUGUUGGUCAAGCUUGGUGGAACUACGUAUAGUGCCGGUGUAUAUUUACAAUGUUCACACCUGCAAGUUUGUUUUUAUUAUAAAAGUGUAUUUUCCCAAUUUAGAUUGGGUGGGUCAUGAAAAUUUUUUUGUAAGAUUAUAUAGAUGGGCUUUGAAAUAUUUAUCUACAUCCUAACUGGGUCACCAAACUUAUUGGCAAAAUUUGUGAUUUACCUCCAGCCCACCCUAGCAGUUACUUCAUGACCAGUCCCUUAGGUAAUAGUGUCAAGACAUGAGCACGGGUAAUCACAAGAUUGAUAUUUGAUAGGAGUCUAUGAUCUUGUCUAAACCUUCUUCAUAGGGAUUCUGAAACCUUCAAGACAAUUGAACAUAAAGUCUCAUCCGCAACAAGUUCAAUUAAGGUAUGAAAAGACGCCAUUUGAUAGUCGUCCCUUCAGGUCUUUGGUCAUUUUUGAACUCCUUCUAAAUAUUUCCGUGGUGCAGACGUAAAAUUCUCACAACCUGUCAACAAGAUGUGUUCGCAACAGGCUUGUAGCAAGCUUGUCAACAAGUUGUAACAAUGCUGUUAUUUUGUCAAGUUGCUACAAGGUUGUCACUCACAACAGACAACUUGUCAACAAGAUAUGUCCACAACAGGCUUGUAGCAAGCUUGUCAACAAGUUGUAACAAUGUUGUUAUUUCGUCAAGUUGCUACAAGGUUGUCACUCACAACUUGUUGACAAAUUGUUGAAUUGCAGGACGAUAACAAGUUGUUGGAACAGCAUUGCUACAAGUCUGCUGCGUUUUUACGUGACUGUAUAAUUCACACUUUGUUUUAUUGUAGGGGAAAGUAGUGGGACAAAAAUCUGAAUCUGAGGAACAAGGCGUUGAUGAGGUUGAUCCCAACAUGGAACACGAACCAGUUGCGAGCAGUUGAAUAUUAACAACUAUAUCAUUUAACAAGGCUGCUGGGUAGUGGGGUAUAGAUAUAUAUGAGCGAUAUAUGCACUAGAUUUGCACUAGAGAUAGACAUUCUCGUUCACAGGGACAUCGGUGGGGACUCGGUGUUAUGUACUAUUUAACGCACGUAAAAACGCACAAGUUGUUAUAAGUCUGCAAACAAGUUGUUACAAAUCUGUUCUCAAGCUGUUGACAAGUUGUGUUCGCACUGCUUGUUCCCAGUUGUUGUAACAAGUUUGGAACGAGCUGUUAACAACUUGUAACAAGCUUGAUGGCAUUAUCAAACAAGUCUGACACAGUCAUGAUAUAACAAGAAUGUUAUACAAGGUUGUAACAAUAUUGUUAUAUCAUGACUGUAUCGGACUUGUUGGAACAACCUUGCAACAAAUCUGAUAAUAUCAACAAGGUUGUUGCAACUGUUAACAAGUUGUUCCAUACUUGUUGACAACUUGGGACAAGCAGGAACAACUUCUUGACGGCUUUUUGGCAGACUUGAGUUGAGUUGACUUGCUACAAGAUGCGAGAUUUUUGUGUGUGUAUGACAGACUCACGGGCGUUCAUUGCAGGGUUAGGGCGAAUAUUAGGGUGUUAUUAAGAGUUUACGACACCGGAUGCCACGUUUAUUGACAGCAUCGCAACGAACACCCCCGUGAGGGGGUCAAACCAGUGGGUUGUCGUACCAUGUUGUCAACAAGUAUGGAACAACUUGGUAACAGUUGUAACAAUCUUGUUGAUAUAAUCAGACUUGUUGCAAGGUUGUUCCAACGAGUCCGAUACAGUCAUGAUAUAAUAAUAUUGUUACAACUUUGUAACAUUCUUGUUAUUUCUCAAAUCAUUAAUAAUUCAUGAGCAAUUCAGCCAAUGAUAAUCACCUAUUUGAUCACAAGAUGCCAUGUGGAUAACCCGGUGAAACUUGAUGAAAGUGACUAGUGUUUUCAUCAAAUAUCUUGAUUACGCAUGCAAAAUUACUUGAAUAGAAUUCCUAAGUACGUUAUGCUUGGUUAAGAAUUCUAUUCAAAUCAGCAAACGAAAACAUUCUGUUACGUCCCGAUUCAUUUGAUUGUUUUCUCGUGUUUGGAUAUCCCGGUGAAACACUCGCUCUCGUUGUUCAUACAUUACAUCAUGACUGUAUCAGACUUGUCAGAACAACCUUGUUGCAUGAGAGUCGAUGAGAGUUUGCGGUCAAACACGAGGGAGAGUUACAAUCCUCAUUGACGGGGGUUUUAUUUCAAAUUUAAGUAACUCUAUAAGUUUUAUAACCGCUUCUACUAAUCAACUUUUAUCUAAUCUGAUCUGAUUUAACCAGCCAAUACUUAUAAUCCUAAAGUUAAAGUGCAGAUAAGAUUUUUGAUAUGUGUAAUAUUUCAGGGUCAUUCGAAGAAGAAAUGUAAUAUAUCUUUAUAAAUAAAAAAUCCCAUCUUUAUCAACUUUUUCACUGUCGAAGUUUCCUGAUAUGAUGUCAUUAGGCGAAUUGCAAAUUAGUUUUCCUUUGUUUUUUGUACCAAAAAUUCACCUAAUUGCAAUUCUAGAAUUUUGACAGUGAAAAAGUUAAUCAAGAUGAGGUUUUUUACUGUAAAGAUACAUUAAAUUUCAUCUUAGAAUGACCCAAAUAUUACAAAUACCAAAAUUAUAUUUGGGUUUAGUCUAUGAUUAUGGUUUAGUCGCAGUUUAAUGUAACGAUUUUUUUGGAUAUCGAAACAAAAAAUAUCGGUUUUGAUAAAUAGCUUAUCUUCAUUGUUAAACCGUUAACUAAAAUGAACCGUAGAUAACAAGUAUAACAAAAUACAGAAAGAGUUCUUUUCUACGAAUUUUAUUUUCUACGAAUUUUAUUUUUCCACUUAGAAUUUAUUAAACCACUAUAUAUUCCCUAACAUGACGUACCUGUUUUCUCGCAUCGCUUACCGAUGACGAAAAUGUUUGUGGGCUGAAGUGUAAACGAAACUGGAGAAUAUCACUG